UCCUCUUCAGAGCGGGAUGGGGGAGUUCCUGCAGUUUGAAUGUCCUAGUCAGAGCUGCUAAAAAUAAACAUAAUAGCUGGGAGUUUGUGUUUAUAUUUCUAUUUAUUGUGUUUAUAGAGAAGAUGAAUUAUAGCAGGCAACACUCGCAAUAUAUGGACGUCAGAGAAAGGAAGAGACUUCACAGGGAAUCCCUCUGGCUACAGGAUCCAUUGCUUCCCAAGGGACCGUCAACAAAGAAGCCGUGUAGAGAAGGAACAAGGCAUACAGACAGCAGAGAGAGGAGAUCUUCAGUGCGACACAUCACAUCUGUCAGGGACAAAAGGGCAUUGGCUGCAAGCCAGCAGGAAAAUCUCAAUGCUGGAAGGCCUGCCGAGAGGAACUGGGGGAAAGUUGUUAACCAAAGUUCAUCAGCUGAAGUUAAAGUGGCUUCAGUGGUCAAAACUACUGUAAAGAACAAUACAGAACCUGCUCGCAAAAAGAGGAGGAAAAUUCACCCAUCUGGUUUCAAAGGAAAUGGUCAAAUCAAACUGACAGUUACUGCAGGAAGCGGGUGGCUCUAUGUUCAAAUUUUAGAGGCCAGAGGACUCAUGGGAAGAGAGUACAGACCAUGUGACUCAUAUGUAAAGAUAAGCAUUGCUCCAGAUGUUGACCACAGCAAGCGAUGGAAGACCAGGACCGUUCUAGACUGCAAGAGUCCUGUUUUCAACGAGACGUUUAUGUUAGAUGUGGAUGAAGUCGAUCAGAAGAAGAGGUUGUUGUUAACAGUGUGGAAUCGCAAUCGAACUUCCAGGCGCAGUGACUUCCUGGGCUGUAUGAGUUUUGGUGUCCACUCCCUCAUCACGUCAUCUAAGGAGAUCAGAGGUUGGUAUUAUCUCCUGGGAGAGGAGCUGGGCAGGAGCAAACAUCUGAAAGUGGCCUCACGUCGUAUCAGACAGACUGCUGAAGCUGCUACAUCCAACUAUGAAGCUGGACCCGAGACCACAGGUCCAGAGAACAUGCAGUCAUUUACAGUGACUAUUUUGAGAGGAAAAGAUGGUUUUGGCUUCACCAUCUGCUCUGACUCACCUGUACGGGUCCAGGCUGUUGAUCCAGGUGGUCCAGCUCACCAGGCAGGUUUACAGCAACUGGACACAUUAUUGCAGCUGAACGGCCAGCCAGUUGAACACUGGAAGUGUGUGGACCUGGCUCAUGCCAUCAGGAAUUGUCGAAAUGAGAUCACAGUGGUGGUGUGGAGGACAGUGCCUAUUAUGAAACCUUAUUACGAGGGGCUUAUCCACAGACCUUCCUACAAACCCUCCGGAUUUGAUUCUCUCUCUUCAACUGCAAAAACACAAAACAAAACCCCACCGUUACUCUCCCGACCCACCAAUCACAAACAGGGUCGUCGUAAAAAAGGAAGUGGUCCUGAUAACGCAGGAAAUGGAGUAGGAGAGUCAUUGUGGUCUUGGACUGGAAAGCGUGAAGAAAAUGACUACAAAACACGCACCCAGACCCUCAAAGGUACACGUGUGACAUCAUCAAACGGCGACAACUACAUCAUCCUCUCCCCUGUGAGCCCUGGAAACCAGAUACUGCAGCCAGUGUAUUCUGAUUCCAAUGGCACACUGGGAACUCUAGGAAGAAUCUAUCAGACUAGCAGAGGACUGCAGCAGAGCCCAGACUACCUGCAGGAUGGGGGGCUGCACGCACAAGCCACCUUAUGCAGGUCUAUGAGAAGUAAAACCACUGCAGUGCCUCCCUCAUCCUACAGACAGAGCUUUGCCAACUACCAGAACUGCACCAUUGUUCAGUCCCACCUGCCUCACUCAAACUAUGGCACAUAUGUCAGUCUGGCCCCUAAGAUUCUCAUCUUCCCUGUUUUUGUUCAGCCACUGGACCUGUGCAGCCCUGAGAGAGUCCUGAUGUUGUCAGAGGAAAUGAUCCUUCAUGACAGUAAACACGUAGCUCUUAAGGCUACAAUAUUCAUCUACACAGACCUGAUGCUGUUGACCAGGGAAGAUGAACCGGGCCGAUGUAAUGUACUACAGAGUCCACUCUACCUCCAUCAGAUACAGCUGCAGGACGUUCCUGCAGACAAACUGCGGCUGUACAUCUCCUACUGGAUAGAGAGGACCGAGUGUCUGUUCAGCCUGGAAGCCUUUUCAUCCGAGCAGAAGAGGAGAGUCGUCCAGUGUCUUAGAGACAAUAUUGACAAGCAGCUCGCCCUGAGGGACAGAAUAGGCCCUGACCAGAUGCUGGAACCAAAAGCAGCCGAACAGACUGAUCUGGGUCUGCUGGGCUUCAGUCCUCACAGUGUGUCUGAGCCUUGUUCCCCAUCAUGCCCCUCUGCAUCACCCAUCAUGAGAAGAACCAUCUGCAGCUCUCCAACUCAGCAGCUCUCUUACCCAGACCUGCAUGUCAGCACCGGAGAUGCCAACCAAACCGCUCCGACCCCUCGAGAUGCCUGCAAACCUCCAUACAUGGAGACCUCCGAGAUUUGGAAGGACAGACAGAAGGAGGUGAAAGGAGGUGGGCAAGAGUCAGAGCUGGAGAAAAGGGAGCAGGGCGAGGGCGAGAGCGCUUCUGAGACCAUUAGUGUUGGUGCAAGACCCACAUCUUCAUCAUCAUCUUCCUCCCCUCUAGUCAUUCCCAAGCUGUGCCUGGAUCGCUCCUUCAACGCAGAUGCUUUGACCUCACCGUCGACUGACGAUGAUGAGGAGGAAGAGGAAGAAGAUGAUGAGGACAGCGAUGAAGGAUUUCUGAAGAGAAGGAGUAUGGUGGAAUCAUCUCCUAGCAGUGGGCAGCAGAGUGGGGGCUUGUGUGUGCAGAGGUCCCUCCAUAGACGGACGCACAGUGAGGGCAGUUUGCUGCAGGAGCCCCGGUCUCCUCGCUUCAUCUCCGAUCAGGCCAUCGACUGCAUAGAGGCCAAGCGGGAACCUCCGGAGCGUUGGGCGGUCCCGUCCCCACAGACCUUGAGGAAAGAGCUCACCAAAAACGGAGGAUCUGUCCACCAGAUCUGCCUGCUCUUCACUGGAAGGAGGGUUUGUGGCAAACCAAACUGUAAAUGUGACAUGGGAAAAACUGGUGUCAAAAAGAAGAAAUCCAAGAAUUUGGCCAAAGACAUGAAAAACCGCCUGACUUUUCUGCGGAAGAAGACCAACGACAGACAUGGAAGCAAUCCAGCUAGCAAGCUAGACAAAGUCCUUAAGUCAGACAAACCGACUCAAGAGGAAGCUCUCAAAUGGGCAGAGUCACUUGAUGCGCUGCUUUCUCACAAAUAUGGCCUGGUAGUUUUCCGCUCCUUCCUGCAAACAGAGUUCAGUGAAGAGAAUCUGGACUUCUGGCUGGCAUGUGAGGACUUCAAGAGGAUUAAAUCUCUGUCCAAAAUGGCAUCCAGAGCAAAGAAGAUAUUCACCGAGUACAUCUCCAUACAGUCCUGUAAAGAGGUUAAUCUGGACUCGUACACCAGGGAGCACAUCAAGGAAAACAUGGAGAACAUCUGCGGAGACUGCUUUGACCUGGCUCAGAGCAGAAUCUUUGGAUUAAUGGAAAGAGACUCAUAUCCUCGAUUCCUCCGCUCUGACAUUUACAUGGAACUAACCAAUCAAAAGAGACCUGGCUCCGCCACAGAUCCAUCGUAAAGUCAUGGCAUCAAACUGUAUGCUGAAACUUUUAGAUCAGUAUUGCUGGACAGCUUUAUAUUGAAACAUCAGUCAGCUAAGCACCUUGGAGAGCUCAGCCCGUUGGAUCAUUGCGUGGACAAAUUGUUUUUGGACGCUUCUGUGCUGCACCCUGUUGGACGCUUGUGGCAAUAAGAUGGCAAUAAAUGUGUUAUGAACAUGCUGGAAGUGUUGACUCGAAUCAAUUUGCCAGCGCUCACAACGCCUUGGCACCUAUUGACCCAGUGGAGGAUGCAAAUCAUGAUGGAUAUAGGAAAAAGAGGAAUUUUGGUACCGUUUUGUUUAGCUUUACCAAGAUACAUUAUUUCACUUUCCUUUCCUGCACAGAUCUCUACAUACUCCACCUUUACAAAGAUUCCAGUUAUAUGUUUCUGAGUGAGAUGAUAGAAGUAUCGGGGAAAGAACAAAAAGUAUUAGUUAACAUUAAUGUCCCUUUUUUUUUUUUUUUCAGUCGCCAUUGACAGCAUGUUUAUAUUCUCUCAGUUCUACUGAUGAAAAUCUUUGCAGACAGAAUGCUAAUUCUUUUCUUAUUACUUUCAAGGGCUUUGGUAACAUUUCCACGUUUGUUCUUUAUGUAGUGGCCCCAUGGCUCUAACCCCUUUUCACAAGUGCAAUAUACAGUUAGUUAUUCUUAUUAACAUUUCUUUAACAAAAACAGUAUAUUAAAGGGGUCAAAAGUGUGUGUGUGUAUAUAUAUAUAUAUAUAUAUAUAUAUAUAUAUAUAUAUAUAUAUAAUGCAUCAAGGAUUCAGUAAGAAAAUGUGAUUUCUGUUGUAAAUAACAGAGGCUGAGAUAUAUGGAAUAACAGUUCUAGUGAUGUUAAAAGUCUAAAGGUAUUCUGUUUGUUGCUGUUGAUGUUAGUCAGAUGUUCACGUUCAAAGAAACCAGAAUAACAAAAAAAAAGUCAGAAUUUCUGUUUUAUAGUGGCUUAACAUACAGGAGCAUGUUUUUGUACAUACGUGUUCUGUGUUGAUUUACAAGAUUAUUUACCAGUUAGCUCAUUGGGAGACUCAUGUUUGGCAAAUACAGUGUCAGUUUUCUCUUGCCUUCAUCCUAACAAUGUCCUUCCUUCUGUAAUAAUAAAUAUUUCUUGUAUUUAUUUGUGGGUUCAUAUUUUACUCACUGCUGCCUUUAUAUGUAACAUAUUCUCAUCAAAUAAAUUUACUUUCAAGCAUGAGGUCAAAUGUA